GCUGGUAGCACCAAAAACAAGCAAAGUCGAUGAGUACGGGUUUCCGCUUGGUGGAGACCCAGAACUGAUAUCCCGUGAUGGCUCUCUGAGCGCUGAGGAGUCAAGAGAUAACCUGUACGAGUCUCCUAGCACCCGAACUCUCAAGAUACGCAAGUCUGACGAUGCCGGUUCGUCGCCCCUGGCCAACAAAGUGAGGUCUAUCAACUGCAUUGCCAUUUCUCCCGAUAAGAAGCUGCUUGCUGUGGGGGAAGUUGGCUAUCAACCGCGAAUCCUGGUGUAUUCUCUCGCAAGAAAUUGCUCGUGUCGUCCGAGUUACAUCAUUCAGGAACACCAGUUUGGAAUCAACUCGCUUUGUUUCUCCACAGACUCUAAAAGGCUGUGCUCGCUGGGACUGGUGAAUGACGGGUUCUUGAUAGUGUGGAAGUUCACCAAUAAACGCUUUGUAUUCAGGGGAAGUAACAAGUGCUCCUCGAUCGUCAACAAGCUAUUCUGGCACGAUGACCAUAUUAUCACCAUUGGACUGCGCCACAUUAAGGUCUGGAGAGAGGAUGCCGCGCGGGCGGGUACUAUUUUAAAGGGAAGAAAUGUGCUGUUGAAGAACUUCCUCAAUUCGAACUUCAUUGACAUCGACUGUCUCAACUUCUCGGAGCUCAUUGUGAUGUCUGAUCAAGGCGAUUUGGGAAUCAUGAACUUGGACGACGAGUCUAUGGUUCUCCGCAAAAUAUACCAACUGCCAUCAGACAUCAAUCAGUUCAAAAUCGACCAUAUCCAUGAGGACUUGAUAAUAGGCGGCAAGGAGCUCAACAUUAUACCCUUGAACGAGGUGUUUACCGCUCCUAUUAAUGAUACUAUCCGUCCAACUCCAAGUUCGCCGACGAAAAUUGUCAAGCGGUCGGGAAUAAUGGCAUUGCAACCGUUGUUCGAUUUCAAGACCUUGGUGUAUCUGCAAGACGAACAAAUUCUUUACGUGGACCUGUUAGAAACAGGAAGUCCAAAAAUUUUGAUCAGCUCGCUGGCUUCGAAACUGAACGGAUUGAAGCGUUGUUUCAACGGUGAAAUACUUCUCUGGACCAAAGAUGGUAUAGUGAAACGGUUGGAAAAUAAAGAGUUUGUUUUGCUUCAUUCCAUCACUCUGCCUCCUGGAGACUUGCUUGAUAAUGCGCUGAACGCGUUAGAUUGCAGCAACCAGGAUCUUGUACUAGGUGAUCGGUUUGGCACCCUGGUUUUCCUGCAAAAAAGGGAUGAUUUCCUCAAAGGAUACAGAGAAUCAAUGAGAGUGCGAGCCCAUGAGUCGAGCAUCAACGACAUUGUAAUGUUCACGAUAGCGGAGUAUGCAUUUGCUGCAUCCUGUUCCCGCGACAGAACCAUUCAGUUAUUUAUGAAGAAAGGGUCAGACGGCUGGGCGUUGUUCCAAACCUUGACUGUCCACAAAGGAAAUGUUAUAAAGAUGCUAUUUACAAAAAAUAUGCUUAUUGCAUUGUCCUCUGACCGCACUCUUUCUGUCCACAAGCUUGAAAUCAAGGAUGAAGGCCCUGUUGUUGUUCAGGAGAAAAUCAUCUCUAUUAAGACUUCAGCUAUGACUUUUGGUGUCACCCCUGAGGAGCUGGUUGUUGCCACAAAUGACAAAAACAUAAUCAUUUACAGCCUCACCACAUUUGAAUAUGUCAGGUCCAUGAAACUUUUCAACAAGGAUUUUGACCCACUUCAGGUGGACAACUUUGAGAUUCACGAUGGCCUGAUGUUCACCUCGUCUCCUGACAAAUGUAUCCGUUUAUUUCAAUUCAAAGAUGGAAAAUUGCUGAGCUCUCAAUGGGGCCAUUCCGAAACCAUCAUCGGUUUGCUAUUUGACAGCGAUUCGAAAACUGUUAUGACUGCAAGCCACGACGGAUGCAUGUUCGGCUGGACGCUCGGCAGUGGGGUCUCGGGCUCUGACUCCCUGUUUUCGUCGCCGCUUACAUCCAGCAACACUCAAGAUCCGGUCUCGCCGCCUAAGGUUGUGAGGAAGAUUGUUUCCAAACCGGAUCUGACCCCUAUGAGACCCAGCGUCCAGAACAAACCGUCCAAGUCGCCUUCCACAGUGCUGCCUGCUGCCAAACUGUCAGCCAACGACUCGCCAACCUUUACCCGCACUCCCUCUGUGCGCUCCUCUAAACAAGCUCGCUCCGCUUCCUCGCGCUCUGAUAUCUCACCCACUUCCAACGUCCGCUCUCGUUUGGCAGGGAUGAGACUGGACAAACCCAAGCCGGAGUCUGCAUCAGACAUAGCCGACAAAAUAGUGAUGGACUUGCGCAGGCUGCAAGCGAGACUCCUUGACGAGGAUGAGAUCGACCCUUCUGUGACCGACCGUCUGCGCGCUCAGUUGAACAAGACCAUGAAACUGCUUCCUGGCCAUGAUGAAACUCUCCUGGAUCAAUAUGGCUCAGUGUUGGUCAGCAAGCUGGUUGAUACCCUUCGGAAGGAGCGCGACAAGGAGAACAUGGAGAACGUAUAGCCGAUGUAUUAUUUUUCAAUGUUUCUCAAUGCCUUUUCCAUGCUUCUUCCUAUGGCUUCGUCUUUCUGUAGCUCUUGAUAAUGUAGCUGUUGGUCUUUGAGCCGGGCAAGUUGUUGAAUUCUCUCUAUUCUCAUUUUGUCCUCCACCAGUUCCUCCAGCGAGGGUGGCCUUAGCCGCGUAUAUCUAAGCCACUGCAGCCACUGGACAGGGAUGUUUUCGUAGUAGUCGACAAUGAAUUCCUGGGGUUUAUAUGGCUGGUAAAGUCUGCGGGGUCGUAUCCCCUUUUUGCGCUCGACAAAGAACUCCCAAUAUGUAUUCCCGGUCAGAUCAUAACCAACAAAAAACUUCUUUCUCAACGGAAUUGUUCUCAGAGACUUCCAUUUAUAAUACAAUUGUUUCCACAAGGGUAUCAAUUUGUUGAUUUGAUCCAUCGUGAAAUGGAAAUAAUUUACCCCAAAUUAUUUUUUUUAACUUAUCAGUUUGGCAUGUCAGAUGAGCACACUCAUUUGGACCAAAAUUUGGGCGAACUGACAAAACUGGUGCCUCAUCCAAUUACAUUGCAAAACAACUCCAACGAACAGCUGUUUGCUAACGAUUCGGUCUGGUGCUCAAACUGUACGAUUGCAGAGCCAACAAUAAUUCAAGGAAUAAACGGAGGGAAGUAUGCGUUGUGGACAAUCGAGUUCGAGACGGUGCGAGGUGCUCGGUUCAAGAUCCGCAAACGAUAUAACGAUUUUGACGAGCUGCGAAACAAGCUCGAAAAGUACACGGGAAAAACCGAACUGCCCAAGUUUCCUCCACGAUCCGGUCUGUUUCAGGACAGAUUCGAUCCUGCGUUUCUCGAGAGUCGCCGCAAAUCUCUGGAAUACUGGCUGAGCAGCGUGGUUCUGAAUCCAGCCAUCUGCUGUCGAAAAGAGGUGAAGGAGUUUGUUCUGGGCAAAAAAUUGAUCAGCGAAAACUAAUGGGGCCAGCAAGUACAUCCCCAUUACGCAUGCAACGAGCUGGCCACAGACGUUUG